GAUCUCCUGGCGGGGUCGUGGUGGGCGGGCCGUGGACCCUCCGGUAUAAGGCGGUCCCGGGGGAGUGCGGAGAAAGGGGGGGGUCUCGGCGGCAGGAGGAGGAGUAGGUGCGGGUGAAGAUGGCGGCAGCCGAGGCCGCGAACUGCAUCAUGGAGGUCUCCUGUGGCCAAGCAGAAAGCAGCGAGAAGCCCAACGCUGAGGACAUGACGUCCAAAGAUUACUACUUUGAUUCCUAUGCUCACUUCGGCAUUCACGAGGAGAUGCUGAAAGAUGAGGUACGCACCCUCACGUACCGAAACUCCAUGUUUCACAACCGGCACCUCUUCAAGGACAAGGUGGUGCUGGACGUGGGAUCGGGCACAGGGAUCCUCUGUAUGUUCGCUGCCAAGGCCGGAGCCCGUAAGGUCAUUGGGAUCGAGUGUUCCAGUAUCUCUGAUUAUGCGGUGAAGAUCGUCAAAGCCAACAAGUUAGACCAUGUGGUGACCAUCAUCAAGGGGAAGGUGGAGGAGGUGGAGCUUCCGGUGGAGAAGGUGGACAUCAUUAUCAGCGAGUGGAUGGGCUACUGCCUUUUCUACGAGUCAAUGCUCAACACCGUUCUCUAUGCCCGAGACAAGUGGCUGGCACCCGAUGGCCUCAUCUUCCCAGACCGGGCCACGCUGUAUGUGACGGCCAUCGAAGACCGGCAGUACAAAGACUACAAGAUCCACUGGUGGGAGAACGUAUAUGGCUUUGACAUGUCUUGCAUCAAAGACGUGGCCAUCAAGGAGCCCCUGGUGGACGUGGUGGACCCCAAGCAGUUGGUCACCAACGCCUGCCUCAUAAAGGAGGUGGACAUCUACACUGUCAAGGUGGAAGACCUGACCUUCACCUCCCCCUUCUGCCUGCAAGUGAAGCGGAAUGACUACGUGCACGCACUGGUGGCCUACUUCAACAUCGAGUUCACUCGCUGCCACAAGAGGACAGGCUUCUCCACCAGCCCCGAGUCCCCGUACACGCACUGGAAGCAGACCGUGUUCUACAUGGAGGACUACCUGACCGUGAAGACGGGCGAGGAGAUCUUUGGCACCAUUGGCAUGCGGCCCAAUGCCAAGAAUAAUCGCGACCUGGACUUCACCAUCGACCUGGACUUCAAGGGCCAGCUGUGCGAACUGUCCUGCUCCACUGACUACCGGAUGCGCUGAGGCGGCGCCCGGCUUCUCCCACCCCGGCCGGGCCGGCCCUGCACGGGCCCAGGGGCUGCGGCAUCCUUAGGCAGUUUGGGGGCUCCCCCUUCCUCUCCUUCCCUCCCUCAGAAGGGGGUUUUAGGGGCCUGGGCUGGGAGGGGGGGGCACAUCGUGACUGUGUUUUUCAUAACUUAUGUUUUUAUAUGGUUGCAUUUACGCCAAUAAAUCCUCAGCUGGGA